ACACAGUUGGUGCUAAGGUUCCCUGACAUUACACAUCUGAUCAACAUGCUCUUUUCCUUGUCGCACCAAAGGUCAUUUUAAAGUUGGAUUGAUACUUCUGAAUUUGGAUUGUCACUGAAGGCAUCAAAACUACGACACCUGUGAAGUGAAAACCAUUACAGGUCUCCUGGUGGUGUCACGAUGACCAAAUCUGAUUUGAUCACCUUUACUCUGCUGUUUACUCAAGUCUUACAUGUAUUUGGGGGCAACAUCCUUGUGUUCCCAUUGGACGGGAGCCAUUGGGUAAACAUGAAGGGAAUCAUAGAGGAACUUCAUGACAAAGGCCACCAGAUUACUGUUCUUCGCCCAUCUGACAGCUGGUACAUUGCAGAAAAGUCUCCCUUCUACACAUCUGUCAACCGUCCUGGUCAAGAGAAGUUUAGGGAUUAUUUUGAACUCUUUGUGUCUCAAAACCUGGAAUUGCAGAUUCAGCAGAAUCCUACAACUUUUCUGUCUUCCUUUUGGAACCAUAUUCAGAACGAGCUGACAGCUUUAAAUCAGUUUUCUGUUUUCCAUAAGAAGCAUGCUGACACAAUUGUUCAGAUGUUUGAAAAUGAAACCUUGAUGCAGUACUUUCAUGGCGCCAAAUACGACGUGGUGUUGACCGACCCAGGCAUUGGUGGAGGGAUGAUGCUUGCCCGUCGUCUCCAGGUUCCACUUAUUUACAACGUCAGGUGGCAUAUUCAAGGUGAACCUCAUUCCCUUAUCGCCCCAUCCCCUCUGUCGUACACUCCUUUUAUUUCAACACUGUGUACAGAUAAGAUGACCUUUCCCCAGAGAGUCAAAAAUGUUUGGGCCUCCACAAUAGGUAGUUUCAUAAUGUCUUGCAUAACAGAGCCUCACUACAAACCAAUAGUCAUGCGAUACUUUGGUCCUGACACGGACUACUCAACGUUUUUUCUGGAUGCUGAUAUAUGGCUAUUGAGAAAGAAUUUUGUCUUUGAAUUUCCACGACCCACAAUGCCAAAUUUAAUCUACAUCGGGGGAUUUCAGUGUAAGCCACCAAAACAGCUCCCUGCAGACCUGGAGGAGUUUGUUCAGAGCUCUGGAGAUCGAGGGAUUGUGAUAAUGACUUUAGGAACACUAGUUGGCAGGCUUCCCCGAGUUAUGGUUGAGGAAAUAGCUGCGGCCUUUGCCCAGCUGCCUCAGAAGGUUAUAUGGAGGUAUUUAGGACAAAAGCCUGCCAACCUGGGAAACAACACUUUACUGGUUAACUGGCUACCACAGAACGACCUCUUGGGACAUCCUAAAACAAGAGUCUUUGUCACUCAUGGAGGCGCCAAUGGGGUGCAAGAAGCAAUUUACCACGGAGUUCCGAUUGUUGGACUUCCGUUAUUCUUUGACCAACCUGAUAAUCUCAACAGACUUCGCGUUAAAGGAGGAGCGGUGAAUGUGGAUUUUACCACGCUCGACAGGCACAUCUUUGGAGAUGCAUUGAUGACAGUUCUUCACAAUUCGUCUUACAGAGAAAACAUGCAGAGACUCUCCAAACUGCAGAGAGAUCAUCCAAUCCAACCGAUGGACAAUGCCGUCUUUUGGAUAGAAUACGUUAUAAGAAAUCAAGGAGCUGCACAUCUGAAGUCAAAAUCCAUCAAAAUGUCCCCGCUUGUCUACUACUCACUUGACGUCAUUGCAGCCUUGGGAAUGGUGGUUUUGCUUCUCAUAUUAACUAGUUUUUUUCUUUUGAAAUUCUUGUGGCGAGUGUUGUUUGGUGGACAAAAAACUAAACAAGAAUAAAAUGUAUUAACUACU